GUCACUUUUAAUAAAGUACGUGAAUUAAAUACAAACAAAAAAAAAAAACUUUAUAAUGGCCUGUCAUUCUCUUUUCCAUAUGAUGCUGUCGACAUCCUUACGAAAGAAAUUUCAAUGCCGUUCCGCGAACCACUUCAAACAAUCCCAUAGACUUUAUUCAGCAUUGGCUUCUUUGAGACAGUCCUUAAAUAAUGUUGAAAGGCACAAUUCCGAAAUUAACGCCUUCAUUUCAUUAAAUGACACAGAAGUACUAGAAAAACAAGCUAGGGAAGCUGAAGAAAGGUAUUUGAGAGGGAAGCCAUUAAGCCGCAUUGAUGGUAUGACGAUUGGUAUCAAAGAUAAUAUUUGUACAAGCUCUCUACCAACUACUUGUGCAUCCAAUAUGUUGAGAGACUUUACCUCGCCUUACGACGCCACUGUAGUAAAAAUGAUUACUGAAGCAGGUGGAUUGAUAAUGGGAAAAACGAACAUGGAUGAAUUCGGUAUGGGUUCCCUAAAUAAGCAUACAGUAUUUGGGCCUGUUAUCAAUCCGAUUGGGUAUGCCAAGAAAGAAUCAAAAUCAGCUGGUGGUAGCUCCGGUGGGAGUGCAGCAAGUGUUGCUAUGAACAUGUGUACAGCGGCACUUGGAUCGGAUACGGGUGGAUCCAUACGUAUGCCAGCAUCUUAUUGUGGAAUCGUCGGUUUUAAGCCCACGUAUGGAAGGUGCUCUCGGUAUGGCCUUGUAGCCUAUGCAAAUUCUUUAGAUACCAUUGGUAUACUAGCAAGGAGCGUCGAAGAUUGUUCAAAUGUGUAUGAUGUUAUAUCUCCAUACGACGAAAAGGAUCCUACAUCAAUGCCAAUAGAUUUGCGAACGAAUUUGUCUAUCCAAGAAUGUAAAUUACUAUCACAAUUUGACCACGGUAACAAUUUAAAUGGGUUAGUUGUGGGUGUUCCACAAGAAUUCUACGUCGAUUCUCUAUCAGACGAAGUAAUUCAAGUGUGGCGUCGAGGAAUAAAACAAUUUAAGGAAUUAGGAGCAACGAUAAAGUCGGUUUCAUUACCACAUAUUUCCUUGGCUUUGCCCGCUUAUUACAUCUUGGCUUUUGCAGAAGCAAGCUCGAACUUAUCGAGAUACGAUGGAAUAAGAUAUGGUCAUCGAAGACCCAAUACGAACGAUGCUCAGCUUUACGAAAAUACACGUACAAAUGGGUUUGGGGAUGAAGUAAAAAGACGUAUAUUAUUAGGCACGCAUAUUUUAACAGAAGGCACUUAUGAGACACUGUUCCUACCUGCACAGAAAGUCAGACGAACGAUCCAAAAAGAAUUUAAUCAGUUGUUCAAACAAGCUAAUUUAUUGGAAAGCGACACAAAAGAAUUAGAAGAAGGAGCAACAGGAGUAGCAAGUCAGGACAGUAAGGUCGAUAUCUUAUUAGUUCCUAGUGCAACCUCUCCUGCCCCAUUAUUGAGCAAUGAUAGUGCUAAUAACAUACAGGAAUACUUAAACGAUGUGAUGACUCUACCAGCUAAUCUAGCCGGUAUACCAGCUAUUACGCUGCCAUUCGCUUCAAGUAAUCAGGAGUAUCCCAUUGGCUUACAACUAAUGGGUCAGUAUGGUUAUGACAGAUUUCUACUAAAAAUUGCAAAAAUAAUAAUGAAAGAAAAAAUGUAAUAAAAUAUUCUGUUGGUGCAACAUAACAC